ACGAUAAGGUGAAAUUAUGAUUUGUUCGAUUCUCGACAACAUUAAUCAUUGUGACAUUCAUGGUGUACACAAUUAUUGUGACUGUUCAACACCCCAACGAAAGAUCAUUGUCUCCGUUUGUUCUACGCACAUUCGAUCACAAAGUGGGUUUCUUAUGCUUUUCUUCCACAGAACAAAUCCUGCUGACUUCCAUCUGUAUAUAACACCGGCCUCUCCUCGAUUCAUAUCCCCAACACGAGAGCCUGUUUUCUUUGUUUCUUUGUGUUCAGUUAAGUUGGAUUCCAUGGCUUCUACUUCCACCAGUGAUUGUCAGUCAAAUGCUUUUGAAGAAAUAGUUCCACCUUCUGCAUCAACUUCUGCACCAUUACAAAAGCUGCCGUGGGAUAUAUUUAUUAAUCAUCGUGGACCAGAUGUCAAAAAGACUUUGGCCACAGCUAUCUACAACGCCCUCCAUGGUAUGGGUAUUAGGGUUUUUCUUGACUCCGAGGAGCUUUUGUUGGGAGAGUUCUUGCCCGCAGCAUUGCAAGAAGCAAUGCAGAGUGCUUCCCUUCAUAUGGCAAUAUUUUCUCCCGGCUAUGCACAAUCAGCAUGGUGUCUUGCCGAGCUAUCCUUUAUGCGCAAAUCCGGUACACCUAUUAUUCCUGUUUUCUAUCGUGUUCAACCUAAUGAUCUGCGAUGGGUGGAGAAAGGAAUGUAUAAUGAUGCCUUUGCUAAGCAUCAAGAAAAGGGUAGGUACAGCCCAGAAAAACUCCAGGAGUGGAAGACGGCACUCUCUGAUGUCUCAUAUCGCAAGGGCGAAAUCAUCAAUGACAAUGAUGAUGAGCAAAGGGUGUUGAAGAAUAUUGUAAAUCAUGUUAUGCAAAAAUUGAAAAUAGUACCAUUAGACGUGGCAAUAUAUCCUGUGGGUCUUGAAGAAGUUGUAGCAGACUUUGAAAUGACUCUCACUGAAUCUGUUAAAGCUCAUCCUAAUGUCCAAGUAGUAGGAAUUUGGGGUAUGGGUGGAUCUGGAAAAACCACUCUUGCAAGAGAAUUAUAUAAUCAGAAAUGUUCAUCUGCAUACAAAUCUAGUUUUCUUUCUGAUAUUAGAGAUGCUGCAAAUAGAAGUGAGCUGCUUAAAAAGCAGAUGAAACUCCUUGAAGACCUUGGUUUCGAUUUCCAAGGUAAAUCAUUUGACAGUAUAGAACAGGGCAAGAUGAUUCUUUCCAAUUAUUUGAGAUCUGUUCAAGUACUUAUCAUUUUAGAUGACAUUGAUCAUACGGAUCAAUUAGAGGCUUUACUGCCUCCAAAGGGUAUACUUGGAUGGGGGAGUGUAAUCAUUGUUACAACAAGAGAAAGGGAAAUCCUCAAAUGUUCAGGGAUCUCUUCUAUUUAUAAAAUGAAAACAAUGGAUCCAGUCCAUGCCGAACAACUUUUUUGUUGGCAUGCAUUCAAACAAUCCACUCCACUCAUAGGAUUUGAGGAACUUGUCGAAAAUUUUCUGAGUGUUUGUAAUGGAUUACCUUUGUCUUUAAAGGUGAUUGGAGGCCAGCUUUAUGGCUGCUCUAGCAAAGAUUUAUGGGAAGAUCAAUUGGAGAAAUUCUCUAGAAUAUUGCCCAAUGAUAUUAAAAAUAAGCUGAGAGUGAGCUACAAUGCUUUAGAUGAAGAAGAAAAACAAAUGUUUUUGGAUGUAGCUUGUUUCUUCAUAGGCAAUGACAAGAUGACCGCUAUUGCAGUCUGGGAUGGAUCAGGGUGGAAUGGUCUUUCUGGUUGGGAGAGACUGAUAAAUAAGUGUUUAGUUGAUUUUGAUGACGGCAAUGGCAUAAUAAUGCAUGACCACCUAAGAGAUUUAGGAAGGGAGAUUGCAAAAACUGAUCCACCCUACCGUCUAUGGCUUCCAUAUCAAAUUAAGCGCUUUAAGAAACCAAUGGAGAUCAGAGGAAUUCAAUUGAAUGUAGCAAGUAACCGCGCUUACAAGUUCCCUGCACGGCGUUAUGGGUUAAAAGUUUUUGUGGUAGGAGAAAACUAUGGCGAGCAUUUGCACAUUGUCAAAUCAUCAAUAGAGUUGGCGUGGCUUAGCUGUACUGGAAUUGCUCAUAUAAAUCUUCCAUCAUGGGUACCAUUCAAUAAUUUAAGAGUUUUAGAACUUCAUCACUGCAAAAACAUAGUAGGGUUGUGGAAGGAUGGGCCGGAAGCUCCAGUAGAGUUGAGAGUGUUGAUUAUUUCUGGUUGCCAAAAUUUAGCGAGAAUUCCAGAUUCCAUAGGACAUCUCACGAAUUUGAAAAGGAUAUCUCUGUCUGGUUGCCAAAAUUUAGCGAGAAUUCCAAAUUCCAUAGGACAUCUCAAGAAUUUGAAAAGGAUAUCUCUGUCUGAUUGCAACAUAGUUGGCCUGCCAAAGCAAUUUUGCCAUCUUCAAUCUCUCGAGCAUCUAGAGUUGAAAAGUUGUCAAAUGCUAUCAUCACUUCCUAGCUGUUUCGGCUGUUUGACAAACCUGAGGCAUCUAGAUUUGAGCUCUUCACAGCAAUUGAAAAUGUUGCCAGAUUCUUUCAAGCAAUUGACGCUCCUGCAACAUCUAGAUUUAGGGUUUUGCGAGAUGCUCACCUUGAAGUCAGACAUCCUAGAAAACAUGACAAAGGUUGAGUAUUUGGAUCUUUCUUAUUCCACAAAAUUGGAAGAGUUGCCUCGUCACAUCACAAAUCAAGCUUCCUUGUGUGAGCUCUAUUUAACGGAGACCAGGUUAAGGGCGCUCCCAAGUAACAUCGGGCAACUCAGCAAGUUAAGAGUGUUGAAGAUAUCUUCAGAUAGAAGGUGUUUCGGCCAGAUGCAAUCUUUACCGGAAUCUAUGGGGAGUCUCAAACUUUUAGAGCAAUUGGAAUUAGAGAAUUUACAAAUAGAAUCUUUACCUAAAUCAUUGAAGCAACUGAGUAAUCUUCAAACUUUGAAAAUAAUCAAUUGUCCUAUCACUGAAUUAGAUUUUGGGCUGAGGACAUUUACUUCAUCGUUGUGCCACCUCAAAGAAGUAGAAAUAGCUAGAACAAGGGUGUCAAAGAUCUCAAUUUCUGAAGAUUGCUGUCCUUGCCUUACAACUCUCACAAUGUGGAAUAAUGACAAUUUGACGGAAGUCGACACCGUACCAGCAACAGUGGAGGCUAUAGUGGUGGACACGUGUGACUCGCUGAGGAGCAUAAGUGGUAUUGGUGGCGCAGCAAAUCUUCGAGAGCUGACGAUAACUAGCUGUCAAGAGUUGAACAGGCUUCCAAGCUUUGAGAAAUUAGCUUCUCUUAAAUUCUUUGUAAUGUCCGGUGGCAACAAAGUAAAGAAGAUACAAGGUUUACAGCACUGCACAUCAAUGGAGGUAUUAAGUUGUAUAUGUUGGGAGGUCCCUCGUAUGGAGAGUUUGGAACACAUGCAAAGAUUGAGGAGGCUGUCACUGGUAGCAAAGAAGAAAUCAGCUAUUGACGAUUGCAUUCAAAAGCUUCAGAAAUGGCCAGAAGAACUAGUUAUUUGUACAAUGGCAGUCCCUGGUGCGUGGUCACUUUUAAACUCUACAGCCUUCCGGAAUCUAUCCGUCCUCCACUCCUUUGCUAACAUGGAAAUCACCUGCUCGCGUUCCCGCUUUGCAAGAAUGCCGCGGAAGCGUUCCUCCAAUGCCGAUGCCAUUAUGCUUUGUUUGCUUAUAAAUUGUCGCUCUCCUCGUAUGCCAUUGCUUAUUUCGGGGCAAUCCAAUAUACUAUUUUUAACAGAGGUUGAUGAAGGUAAAUGGAUAUGGAUAGGUGUCCUCACCCAACAUGCUGGAUGGUUCAUUGCACAGGAUUUGUUCAUAAGUCAGUUCGGGCCGACAGGAUCGAACUUGUAUGGCAAUGAGAUGGAGAAAGGAUUCCUUGUGAGGGGCGAAGAAGAUAGCGUCAUGGAGGCUUUCCAUAGCGUACUGGCACUUUUAGGGAAAGUAAAUAGUGUCGGGAGGGCCUUUCACAGGUUAUUGCAAUUCUUCAACAAUGAAAAUAUCGUGGUGGAGCUUUUCCAUCGCUUAUUCAAACGCUUAUUGUCAAUUCUAGGCGAGGAAGAUCAUGUUAUGGAAGCAUUUUACCUUUUGUUGGCACAUAGUAGAAGCUUUCCAUCGAGUGCUGGCUCAUCUAAACAAAGAUGAUGUUCGAUUUGCGGGGAAAGCAGAUGAUUUUCACCGCUUAAUGGCAGUUAUAAGUAUAGAAGAUAUCAGCCGUUUAUUGACACUUGACGAUGAAUUUAUGUACCUUUUAUUGCUACUUCAGAGAAGUUGAUAUGUUGCCUUUUCUUCUAUAUACAACAGAACAAUUUGAUUCAAUGGGUAUUGUUAUAUUGCUAAUUUGCCAUUUUUGGUAAAGUUUGUUUCCAGGGUUUUCAAACUAAAUAGUAAUAAAUGUUUGAAAAGGAUUUUUUUGUUUUUUU